AUGGAGCCCUUCUGUCCGCUCCUGCUGGCCGGUGUUAGCCUGCCCCUCGCCAAGGCUUUCAAGGGCAACGAGACCACCACUGCGCAGAGCAACUGGACCUCCACGACCGCAGCCCCCGGCCCUCGGGACCCCGGCCCUCCGGCCCCCAGUGCGCCCCAGCCCCUGCUGGCCUGGCUGCUGCUGCCCUUGCUGCUGUUCCUGUUCCUUGCAGCCUAUUUCUUCAGGUUCAGGAAGCAGAGGAAGGCAGUGGUCAGCUCCAACGACAAGAAGAUGCCUAACGGAAUCCUAGAAGAGCAAGAGCAGCAAAGGGUGAUGCUUCUCAGCAGGUCCCCCUCGGGGCCCAAGAAGCACUUUCCCAUCCCCGUGGGGCACCUGGAGGAGGAGACCCGGGUCCGGUCGGCGGAUGACGGCAAGGGGUUUCGGGAGGAAUUCAAUUCACUGCCGUCUGGACACAUACAAGGAACUUUUGAGCUGGCCAAUAAAGAAGAAAACAAAGAGAAAAACAGAUAUCCCAACAUCCUUCCCAAUGACCAUUCCAGGGUAAUUUUAAGCCAGGUGGACGGAACCCCAUGUUCAGACUACAUCAAUGCUUCAUACAUAGAUGGUUAUAAAGAGAAGAAUAAAUUCAUAGCAGCUCAAGGCCCUAAACAGGGGACAGUGAAUGACUUCUGGAGGAUGAUCUGGGAGCAGAAAUCUGCAACCAUUGUCAUGUUGACGAACCUGAAAGAAAGGAAAGAGGAGAAAUGCUAUCAGUACUGGCCGGACCAGGGCUGCUGGACCUACGGAAGCAUCCGGGUGUGUGUGGAGGACUGCGUGGUCCUGGUGGAUUACACCAUCCGGAAGUUCUGCAUUCAGUCCCAGCUCCCCGACGGCUGCAAAGCCCCUCGGCUCGUCUGCCAGCUGCACUUCACCAGCUGGCCCGACUUCGGAGUGCCCUUCACCCCCAUCGGGAUGCUCAAGUUCCUGAAAAAAGUGAGGACACUCAACCCCACGCACGCUGGGCCCAUAGUGGUCCACUGUAGCGCGGGCGUGGGCCGGACAGGCACCUUCAUAGUGAUCGAUGCCAUGAUGGACAUGAUACACGCCGAGCAGAAGGUGGACGUCUUUGAUUUCGUGUCCAGAAUCCGCAAUCAGCGGCCUCAGAUGGUUCAGACGGACAUGCAGUACACGUUCAUCUACCAAGCCUUACUGGAGUACUGCCUCUAUGGGGACACCGAGCUCGACGUGUCCUCCCUGGAAAAGCACCUGCAGACGCUGCACGGCGCCACCACCCACUUCGAGCAGGCCGGGCUGGAGGAGGAGUUCCGGAAACUGACAAACGUCCGGAUCAUGAAGGAGAGCAUGAGGACGGGCAACCUGCCGGCUAACAUGAGGAAGGCCAGGGUCAUCCAGAUCAUCCCGUAUGACUUCAACCGCGUCAUCCUCUCCAUGAAAAGGGGCCAGGAGUACACGGAUUACAUCAACGCGUCCUUUAUAGACGGCUACCGGCAGAAGAGUCACUUCAUCGCCACCCAGGGGCCCCUGGCGCACACGGUGGAGGACUUCUGGAGGAUGGUCUGGGAGUGGAAGUGCCAUGCGAUCGUGAUGCUGACCGAGGUCCAGGAGAGAGAGCAGGAUAAAUGCUACCAGUAUUGGCCGACAGAGGGCUCAGUGACUCAUGGAGAAAUAACGAUCGAAAUAAAGAGCGAUACCCUUUCUGAAGCCAUCAGUAUACGAGACUUCCUGGUCACUUUCAAUCAGCCCCUGGCCCGCCAGGAGGAGCAGACCCGGGUCGUGCGACAGUUCCACUUCCACGGCUGGCCGGAGAUCGGGAUCCCCGCCGAGGGCAAAGGCAUGAUCGACCUCAUUGCGGCCGUGCAGAAGCAGCAGCAGCAGACGGGCGACCACCCCAUCACCGUGCACUGCAGUGCUGGAGCUGGGCGCACAGGGACUUUCAUAGCACUCAGCAACAUUCUGGAACGGGUCAAAGCUGAGGGACUUUUAGACGUAUUCCAAGCUGUGAAGAGUUUACGACUUCAGAGGCCACAUAUGGUGCAAACCCUGGAACAGUAUGAAUUCUGCUACAAAGUGGUACAAGAUUUUAUUGAUAUAUUUUCUGAUUAUGCUAAUUUCAAAUGAAAAUUCCUGCCUUAAAAUAUUUUUUAAUUUAAUGGUCAGUAUAUUUUGUAAAGAUCAUGUUAAUUUAUUUCAUAGUUGACAUUAAUAUCCCCCUAAUUUCUUUGUAUAUAUUUUGUUAUGCUUUAAAGUCCACCUGCUGUAAAGUUAUUAAAUCUUAAAUACCCCUUUUAAAAACUGGAAUAAUGUAUUAAGGUCAAAUAAUAUUCCAUAAGAUAUAUAUUUCUGCUAAUAUCA